UAGAAACUUCCAUAUGUCUCGGGUGUGGCCCUAAAAAGAAACAAAAAUGGCGCUCAGGGCGCCGGUGGGGGUGGGGUGGGUGGCAUCGUAUGACAUUCUCAGUGCUCUUCCUGCUGGUGUCUCACAUCCUUCGGGCAAGAGGAGGGAUGUAAGGAAGAGGGUGCUGCUCGGAGGGAAAAUACUCCCUUACCUGCCUGUCCUGUUCAGGGUCACCAAGUCCUGAAGGCGGAGGACCAGGGAUCAGGCAGCCCAUGGCCAGCGAAGCUUUCCCGUCAGGCCUCAGCCAGUCCAAGAUGCUGGAGCUCUUGGGGGACACCAGGGCUCUGAAGGAGGCCUUCGAGGCAGGGGACCUGCCAGCAGUAGCUGCCAUGUUACAGUCCACACUUCAUUCUUUGGAGAAUGUCCGGCUGGACAUUGGUGUCACCGGGGGGACGGGCUCAGGCAAGUCAACCUUUGUCAAUGCCAUCCGCGGGCUGGGGGAUGAGGACCCCACCUCAGCCUGCACGGGCGUGGUGGAAAUGACCAUGGCCCCCACGCCGUACCUGCACCCCAAGUACCCCAAUGUCAUCAUCUGGGACCUGCCGGGCAUAGGCGCCCCCGCCUUCCAGGCUGACAAAUAUGUCCAGCGGGUGCUGCUGGACCGGUACGACUUCCUCCUCCUCCUCACGUCCGAGAGCUUCACUGCCAACCACGCACGGCUGGCCCGCGAGAUCCUGCAGCAGGGCAAGCGUUUCUACUGCGUCCGCUCCAAGGUGGACGUGGACAUCGCCGCCUCCCGCAGCCGCCGCCCCAGCUCCUUCUCGGAAGAGAGGGUGCUCAGCCAGAUCCGCGACGACUGUGUACAGCGGCUGGAGGGUGAGGGGCAGGCUCUGGGGGGAGCUGGAUUCUGGAGGGACGGCCCGCCCCUUCCCCUGCAUCUUCCCGCGAGACCCGGGCUGGCGGGAGGGGCCCGCCCAGCGUCACGCAGGGUGAGGGAACGGGGUCUCAGGGUGCAGGUUGCUUACAGCUGCCAUUGCAGUCUCAGGUGACAGAGAACGGUCACUUG